UUUCUCUUUCUCUCUCUCUCUCGCUCUCUCUCUCUCUCGGUAUCUUUUCCUCACCCGAUCUCACUGUGUACCUCUCUACUCCUUUGACCGGAAGUCCGACUCUCGUGGCCGGCCGUCGGUUCCAGCUACCGGAAACCUCGUUCCGGCCAUAUUAUCCGGCCAGCUCAACGGAAAAUUGAAGGCCGUACAUCCAUUGGAAACCAAGGAAGGAGGUUACUAGGUUAUAACUGGGCAAGAAUGGCAGAAGUUUAAGUGGAGGGUAUAACUGCUUGAAUUAGUACCUUUAACAAUAGAGCUAUUUUUUUUUUAUGAGGUGCUUGUUCUAGCACCUAUCGCCUGAACCACAGCGCUGACUCUGGUGCAGAAGGUGGGUGUAGAGUGCCCUGUUGAAGUUGGCCCACCUCAUCCAAGCACCUAGUUGAUAAUGGUACACUGUUUUCUGAAACAAUGACACAUGGAUCCUGAAGGCAAGAAGUUUGGAAGAGGACCAAGGGAACUGACCGGUGCUGUAGAUCUCAUAAGUCACUACAAGUUGUUGCCACAUCAUGAUUUUUUCUGCAAGAGAUCACUUCCUUUAUCAAUUUCAGACACACAUUAUCUUCACAAUGUUGUUGGAGACACAGAAAUCAGAAAAGGAGAAGGGAUGCAAUUGGAUCAGCUUAUUCAGAACACAUCUUAUUCCAGAGAUACUAAUGUACGAAUACAGCCGUUUGACCUGGAUAUUCUAAAAGAAUCCUUUCAAUUAAGGGAAGGUGCUCCCGUUGAAUUGCCCCUUGCGGAGAAGGGUAUCCCUACAGUUGUAGGGAAAUCAAAAAGUGAGUCCAAGGACAAGGAGAGGAAGCAUAAAAAGCACAAAGACAGAGAUAAGGAUAAGGAUAAGGAUAGAGAGCAUAAAAAGCACAAGCACCGUCAUAAAGACCGAAGUAAAGAUAAAGACAAGGAGAAAAAGAAGGAUAGAAGCGGGCAUCAUGAUUCUAGUGCUGAUCCCUCAAAGAAACACCAUGAAAAGAAAAGGAAGCAUGAUGGAGAUGAAGAUCUAAAUGACAUUCACCGACACAAAAAAAGUAAGCAUAAGAGCUCAAAAAUUGAUGAAAUGGGUGCGAUAAAAGUAGCCGGCUGAAAAGGUGGCGUACAAUACUUGAGUUCUUGUUAUCAAAUGGUUGUUAUUAGAGAUUUUGGAGGGGUCUAGUGCUUAACAUUAUCAAAUUGCUCGAGUGGUGACUAAAGAUUGUGAAGGUGAUUUGUCUGGGGUCGAAGGUUUGAUGCAAGGUAAAAAUUGCUUAGUGGACUCUUUUGUAUCAUAACAAUGGUCUAAUAUAAUUGUUAGUAAUGUGCAAGACUCUGAUACUUUGUUUCCCACUUUCGAUGGCACAUUUGAUUUCUCAGCAUGUACCCAUUAUUUUAAUCUUUCUCCUGUUUAGAGUUUUAGAGAUUAAGCCAUUGAUUAGCUUGAAUUAGAUUUUCUAGCUUUAACUUUAGGGAAGAACAGACUGAGAAAGGGGAUUGUGUAUAUUGGUUCUAUUUUCUUUCAGUUGUAGCAAUGACUAGCAUUUCUAGUUAUCCAAAAUGAUUGUAGGCACUACUAUGUUCUCACACGAAUCCCCAAUUCAUUUGUUAGGCUAUUCUCUGUACAUACAGUACAGUAAUGAUUGGCUCCCUGAGGGAACUGUUCUUUCUGUUGGUUGAUAUUUUGAGGCCAAGAAUGAUUUUUUUUGCUUCUUA